GUCAGCAAUCUCACAGACUGGCUCGAGUUAGGCAAGGGAAUUUAUUGGAUAUCUGGCAAAGCAGGCUCCGGCAAGUCUACUCUUAUGAAGCAUCUUGGAGAUCACUCGCGCACAGCGGAGCUUCUCUCCACAUGGGCCGAGCCCUAGGAGUGCAUCGUCGCGCGCCAUUACUUCUGGAGCGCCGGUACGCGGCUGCAAAAGUCUAUCAACGGGCUGCUGAGAUCACUGCUUUACGAGAUUUUCCGCCAAAUGCCUGACCUAAUCGACAGAAUCUUGCCCGAGGGGCCUGGCCAAAACGAGUACCGUCUCCAAUCGGGCGAGGAUGGCCGGGACUGGUCAAUCUUCGAGUUGGAACGAAUAGUGAAUCAAAUGGUCGAUUGCGACAAGUUGGCCUUGCGCUUCUGCUUUUUUAUCGACGGGCUGGAUGAGUACGACGGGGACCACCAGAAACUGAUCCAGAUCCUUUCUCGGCUUGCGUCGUCACCAAAUGUUAAGCUUUGUGUUUCAAGCCGGCCGUGGAAUGUGUUUGAAGAUGCUUAUGGCAAAUCGAGCUUGUGGAAAUUAGCCCUCCAAGAUUUGACUCAAGACGACAUCCGACGCUACACAGAGAGUAUGCUCAAAGAACACCCCAAUUGGGGAGAAUACUCGAAAGCUGAACACACUCUUGUGGAGGAGAUUACCAAAAAGGCCCAGGGAGUAUUUCUAUGGGUAUUUCUGGUUGUCCGUUCCGUCCACGAAAGUGUAACUAACGGCGAUGGUGUGUCAACCCUACGACGACGAAUAAGCCAACUUCCCCAGGAUCUCGAGACCUUUUUCAAGCACAUCCUCAACUCCAUCGAUCCAUUUUACCACCCCCAAAUGGCGCAAAUGUUCCACAUCGCAUUGCAGGCCGAAGAGCCACUUAACAUUAUGCUGUAUUCCCUGACAGACUAUUGCACGCAGGACCUCUCUCAGGUCUUACGUCUUCCCGUUGAACCAAUGGACAAACACGAUGUCUUCACCAGGCGGAAGCAAAUGAUUCGCCGACUCGACGGCCGCAGCAAGGGCCUGCUUGAGGUUCAAGCUGACCAUGCUGCGAGCGAUUAUCUGGGUCCGCGAGUGACCUUUCUUCACCGCACAGUUCGUGAUUUUCUCCUCACAAAAGAAAUGGCCG